AUGAAGGCAUUUCAUGUGGAGCUUUGGUCAGUUUGGCUAUCUGGGUUUGUCUUGAUACUUCUUUCUCUAUAUUCAACACAAAUAUUACCUUCAUUCAACAAGGAUCGCAAUCGAGUUUACAAGCUCAAUAAAAAUGAACUUUUGGAUUCAGGAAACCUUAGCAUUACUAUAUUCACAGCUCCUAAGCCGUUUAUGGACUCUACUGGGACUAGGCAGACACUUGCUGUUCGGUCAUGGUUGGCUUUGUCUCCAUAUGUUACUGUUGUUUUGUAUAGUCAACAUCAUUCCGUCGCUUCCUUUGCAAAUGCUUUUGAUUCCGGCCGGGUUUUAGUUGAUAUCGACACCGACUUCACCUUCCUUGGCAGUCCUUUUUUCCAUUCCAUGGUUGCCAAAUCGCAUUCAUUUCCAUCAGACAUAUUUGUUAUCGUUGAUCCUGAAACAGUUAUUGUUUCCGGAUUCAUCUCCACCCUAAAUCAUGUCUAUGAACUCAACCACGAUUGGCUUCUUGUUGCUUCACCUCAAAGUGCUUCUAAUUUGGAUAAUAAGAAACAAGUGAGAGUUCAAGAGAAUAUACUGCAACAGUAUCGGCCGCGGAAUCAUUGUUAUAAUGUAGAAAGAAUGCUCAUCGCAUGGAAUAACAAGGAUAUGCCUCUACAUAAUGGAGUUCUUCCACCUUUCAUCUAUGGUAAAGGUACACACAACAAUUGGAUAAUUCACGAGGCUAUUUCAUCCGAGUUCAGGUUUGUGUUUGAUGCUAGUUUGACCAUCGAAAGUUUCAAUCUGAAUAACGCGACAUUUGAGAAUUCAACUUUAAAUAUUGGAAAUAGAAAGUGGGAGUACAUUGGUAAUUCAUAUUUAGGAGCACACUAUGGAUCAUUCUUCUAUAGUGAAGCUAAUUACUCAAACCUGCCCAAAAUGUUGACUUGUGAAAACCAAUAUAUCAUGGUUGACAUCGAGAAAAACAUUGUUUAUCCAAUUGGACACCACGGGGAAGUUAACCGGAUGAAGGAAAACGCAAUGCGUUGCAUUGCUCAUCAGAAAUCAGUGACCAGAAUGUUGGAUUUUUCUCUAAAGGAUCGGAAUAAGUUUUCAUCAUCUUUGGAGCUUCCGUUUUCCUUAGAAUCACUUCUGUCUAUCACCGCAGACAGAAAUAAAACAAUUGUACUAACAGUUGCAGGUUAUAGCUACAAGGAUAUGCUCAUGAGUUGGGUUUGCAGAUUAAGAAAAUUGUCCAUUGAAAAUUUUAUCGUCUCUGCGCUUGAUCAAGAAACUUAUCAAUUCUCCAUCUUGCAGGGAAUUCCAGUUUUCAAAGAUCCUAUAGCUCCAAGUGAUAUUAGUUUUGACGACUGCCACUUCGGAACAAAAUGCUUCCAAAGGGUCACAAAAGUGAAGUCAAGAAUUGUUUUGAAGAUACUCAAACUAGGUUACAAUGUACUACUUAGUGAUGUGGAUACAUAUUGGUUCAGAAACCCCAUUUCCUUACUUCACUCCUUUGGCGCCGCAGUUCUUGUUGCACAGUCCGAUGAAUACCAAGAACACGGACCGAUAAACCUACCUAGACGUUUGAACUCGGGCUUCUAUUAUGCUCAUUCUGAUAAUCAAACAAUUGCUGCCAUACAGAAAGUGGUAAAGCAUGCAGAAACUUCAGGCUUAUCUGAGCAACCAAGCUUCUAUGACAUAUUAUGCGGAAAGGGUGGAUCCAACCGUGUCGGCGUUAACAAAUGCAAGGAACCUGAAACAAAUGUGACAGUACAUUUCUUAGACAGAAACCUUUUUCCUAAUGGUGCUUACCAAAACUUGUGGCAAGAAAAAAAUGUCAAAGCAACAUGUUUAAAGAAAGGAUGUUACAUUAUUCACAACAACUGGAUCAGUGGGAGGCUGAAGAAACUUGCACGUCAAGUUUCGUCUGGUUUAUGGGAGUACGAUCCUAGUACAAGAAUGUGUUUGCAGAGUUUGCAUAGUAUCAAACCACGUGCUCAUUAA